AUAAAACACUCGUCGCCACUCUAAUCUCAGAAUCAGCAACACGAAUUGAUUCUUUUUCCUCUCUUAGCAAACACGUGUUUCUUCAGCAUCUCGAUUUUCACGGAAAAGAAAAACAAAAAUAGAUUCUUUUGCCGUCAUGAAGAAUUUGUUUCCGUUUUCGGACGCUCUCUCACUUCGUUCCACAUUAAUCUCUCGCCGUUAUCUCGUCUUUUUAAGAGGGUUGAUGAAGGAGGGUCACGGCUGGAAGAAGAUUAUGAGUUUGUUGAUUGUUGCCGAAGCAGAACACACCUCACAAGAGCCUUAGCAACAAGAAGCAAACAAAAAAUUGGUCGCGACGCGAGCUCAGCAUCGCAGGCGAGUGGCAUCACUGACAUGGAAUAAGGUAGAAUCCAACCAGGAUGUCUUUCAAGACGUCUUAUCUCGACUCUCAGUAAGGUCUAUCCGUUCAUUCAAAACGGUUAACAGAUACUGGCAUGCCUCAGUUAGCAACAAACAUUUUGCUACGAUACAGCUCGCUCAAUCGAGAAAGAAGCCCUCAUACAUAGCUUGUCCUAGAGUAGACAAGGCUAUGAAGUUGUACUUGUUGAAGCCAGGGAAGUUCAACUAUCGACACCAUGCUACAGUUGAUCCUCCGGGAAGAAGCGCCGAUCACCACAUGCACAUGAUAGCAUCGUUCAAUGGAUUAGUAUGCUGCAUCAACCAACUUUCUGAUGAACAUGAAGUAGAUUAUCAGAUAUGGAUCUGCAAUCCUUCUACUGAAGAAACUCUGCUUCUUCCUCAAGGCAGACCAUCUGUUUGGACUGAACCAAGUAUUGGAGUUGCAUAUGGUCCUGACAUUAGCGAGUACAAAAUUUUCCGCAUAUUCUGUGUCGGCAAGAGAAACGCUGGAAAAGGGGAUUAUCUCUACGAAUGUGAGGUGUAUUCAUCUAGCACUGGUGCAUGGAGGGGCAUCGGCCCUGUGCUUCAUCUUCCAAUGUAUGUUUGUUUCAGUCCACACAGAUCCGGUCAUGUCUUUGCAGGAGGGAAGAUCUACUGGCUGGUUUCUCUGGAAGAUCCUGCAGGUAUAAUGCUCUCUGUGGAUAUGGAGGAGAACUUCGAAGUUAUGGAGCUGCCUUACUAUUCAACAGAGCUGCGUGAAGAAGACAGGAUAACAGUUGCUACGUAUCUGAUAAACCUGGGAGGAUCUCCGUCACUGGUAGUUCUACAUGCGGAUUACUUUGACGUAUGGGAGUGGAAAGAAGCUAGUUGGGUAUUUGUAAUCGCAGAUGAGUUUGAUUUCAUGGACUUUGCUGAAAUUGUAUUAUUCAUGACCUCGUCAGAGAAGGAGAUCCUGUUUGUGACUGACUCGCACUUGUGGACUUAUCAUUUGGAUACUAGAAAGUGGAAAAAAAGGGGCAGGCCUCCUACUCGAUUUACGAAUCCUGCUAUCUUCCCCUUCACCGAAAGCCUUCUUCCAUGCAAUGGUGGGGUGAGGCUAGAAGGAAGGUGAAGAAGAGUAUUUAUCAUUUCUGGCUUGCUGGUGGUGAUGGACAAAGUCUUUGCUUGGUGGUGCUUGAUUUAUCUUGCAGAGGCUGUGUUUCUCACUGGAUACUCUGUUUUUAUUUUCCGUUCUAAAACUUCUCAUUUCGUUUAAUGUUUCUGGUUUGCAUCAUGUCCUAAACUUUUGGUUUUGAACUUUGUGUUUUAUCGUUUGUUUCGGUUUGUAAACCGAUAUCAACAGUAAUAAGCUGUGUUUCCGAACCAAGGUU